AUGGAGAUCCUCGAGGCCGGGUACCACCUCGGGAUUGGCAACGAUGGUGUUAGCUUCUUGGAGCUAUCUUCUUUUAGAUGGAGAUCCUCGAGGUCGGGUACCACCUCGGGAUUGGCGAUGAUGAUGUCAGCUUCUUGGAGCUAUCUUCUUUUAGAUGGAGAUCCUCAAGGUCAGCGGUUUCAUGGGCGCCAGGCGAGGUUCCUGAUGUACCUGGUUAGGUCCGGAAGUAUCGGAGAGCCUUCUGAGGCGAGGUCGUGCUCCUCCGGAGAGGGGGAGGGGUUGCCAGCUCCCGGGCUAAAGAAUGACAAUAAUAAGCGGGAUAUGCCUUCGCAGGGCGAUGGCGCUCACAGUGAGGCAAAACGCAGCCGGGGCUUCGACACGGAAAUUCCAUUUGAGCCCGCCGCACCUGUAGUUCCUGAUUCUGGAAAGGUGGUUUCUCCGAGCGACUGUGCCUCUACCAGAGUCGCUUCUUCCAGGGCUGAGGGGACUAGAUUAACAGAUUUUCCCUCGGCCUUCGAGGAAGUCCGUCGGCUUCACUUCGCAUGUGGGAGCUUAUUUCAACGUGUCGAGCGUCGCAUGAGAAUCCGUCCGCCGGAAUCGGUCCUGGCACGUUCUCAAGAUUUUGCGGCGGCUUACCAGCACCUGGAACGGCCACACCAUUUUCUCUGUGCUGGUUUUCAACCAGCUGUAGCAACAUUUUAUGGUGCUCCAAAUGGAGCAGGAAGUGAUGGAGGAGCUUGUGGAUACACAAACGCUGUAUCACAAGCCCCUUAUAAUUCCUUUGUAUCUGCUGGAAAUGCUCCUCUCUUCAGGAAAGGCUUAGGCUGCGGAGCUUGCUACCAGGUGCAAUGUAAUCUAGGCCCUUGCUCAGGAAAUCCAGUGACUGUAACCAUUACAGAUGAAUGCCCUGGGUGUUCAGGUGCUAUUCAUUUUGAUCUAAGUGGAACUGCCAUGGGAGCUAUGGCCAAGCCAGGACAAGCUGACGCAUUACGUAAUAUGGGAAAUAUCGCAAUCUCUUACCAAAGGGUACCGUGCCAAUACAAGAACACAAAUGUAGCGUUCAAGGUGGAUCCGGGAUCUAAUGCUAACUUCUUAUCAGUAAAUGUUGAGUUUGAAAAUGGAGAUGGAGAUCUUAAUUUAGUGGAGCUUGUGCCAGGAAGAUCUACACAGUCGAUAACUAUGAAUCAUGUGUCUGGGGCAACAUGGAGUACUAAUAUUAACCCUUCAGCACAGCCUGCUCCAUAUUCUAUUAGGCUCACGACUGAGUUCAAUAAGAAACUUACUGCUCCCAAUGUCAUUCCUGUUGGCUGGAAACCUGGACAAACCUACAAUUCCAAUGUCAAUUUUUUAUAG